AUGCUCGCAGACAGGCUUUUGGACAAUAUCAUAUUGGCCAAGUGCCAGUUGGCCAUUGCCGACGUCGGUAUUGACAAUGUCGUCCUCGGGUUGUUGACCGUCGCAGUCAUUGCUGUUGCAGUCGACUACGCGCACAUGCUCUAUCUGAGAUCAAAGAUGCCACCUGGGCCCUUCCCGCUACCCAUUGUUGGCAACACAUUCUCGCUCCCAGACAACAAGCCAUGGAUCUACUUUGAGGAGCUGUCCAAGAGAUACAACACACCACUUAUCACAUACUGGAUUGGGCGGCAGAAUCCCACACUUUGGAUCAACGAAGCUUGGUGUGCCCAUGAGAUAUUUGAGAAGAAGGCUCAAAUCUACACUUCAAGGCCUCGGAUGAUUGUUUUUGGAGAGCUAGGUUCGGGUCAGUCAAACCUGGUGACGAUGCAAAUUCGUAACCAAGAGGAGCGCGAGCGAUGGCGAAUUCACCGCAAGCUGAUGCACAUUGGAGUUGGCGUGCAGUCGGUCCGGGGGUAUCGCGCUAUCCAGAACAAUGAAAGUAAAAUCAUUGCCUUGGACUUUCUGAGGGAGCCCAAGGAGUACGUCAAGCACCUGGAGAGGUAUGCCACGAGCGUCGUGUCUAUCAUUGCGUUUGGGCGAAGGGUUGCCAGCUACAAUGACCCCAUCAUCACGGAGGUUAUUGCCUUGAUGCAGCUGGCAGCUGAUCUCAACGUUCCCGGCAAGUCUUUCCCCAUGCUGCUCGAGACGUUUCCUAUCCUUGCCAAGUUUCCGCGAUUCAUGCCGUGGUUCAAGGGACUCGGAAGCCGUAACUCAAAAGGCGGUCACUACUUCUUCUACACGCUGGCCGAGGAGGCUAUCGAGCAGUACAACCAAAAGUCCCCUUCGGAACAAGCCAGCAUGCCUACGCCCUAUGUCAAGACUCUGUUCGAAGAAGCUGAUAAGUACAAGUUGCCAGUCGCCGAGCUCUCCGGUUUGACCGGAAACCUCUUUGGUGCCGGGGCCGACACAUCCUCAAGCACACUUGUCAGCUUUAUCUUGGCAUGCUGCGCAUUUCCAGAGACUGUGAAGAAGGCCCAGGAAGAGCUCGACCGGGUGAUCGGGCCGAAUCGCUCACCACACUGGGACGACUCACCAAACCUGUCUUACAUCAACGCCUUUGUACGAGAAGUGCUUCGCUGGAGAAGCGUAGCUAUCAUUGGUGGCCAACCUCAUUCGCCCACCCAAGAUGACACCUACAAUGGCUGGCUCAUACCCAAGGGUUCCUGGAUCCAAGGCAACGUCUGGGCCAUUCACCAUCAUGAGAGAGAGUUUCCAGACCCGGACCGUUUCUACCCAGACCGAUAUCUGGAGGGCAAUGAUUACAAGCGCCCGUUCCCUAAUGACAAAGGCUACAUGACCUUUGGCUGGGGGAGGCGUGUGUGCAGCGGACAAGCACUCGCGGAACAGGGAACAUGGAUCAGUGUUGCUCGACUGUUAUGGGGGUUCAACAUCCGUAAAGCUCGUGACCCCACGACAGGCAAGGAGAUCGAUGUGGACAUCUUUGCCUUCACCAACGGUCUGAACAUGCGGCCCCAGCCGUUCCCCUGCGAGAUCGUGCCAAGGAGCCAGGAGAUCAAGGAAGCUAUCGAGCGGGAGGGGCGGCAAGCGUUGCAAGAUCUCAAAAUCCAUGACGGGGAGAGUCAAUACAGGAUGAGCACGUUCUACCAGCAACAAAAGAAAAAGGUGGCUCAGGAGCCCAUCAUCGAUGAGAAGGGCAACGUCAGGUUUGUCAAGGUCGGGUAG